CCAAGAUGCUCCACCUCCAAUUCAACAAAAUAACAAAAAGGAAAAUGGUCGCUUUGUGGAACGGAUUCCUGUGAAAAUUGAAUAUAUGCGAUCGCACCAUGGAGUUCAGUGCGGAUCUGAAUGGCUUCAAUGAGGACUCCAUCGAACCCUGCCGGACUUGCGGAAUUUACUUUACCAUGGGAAUGGACAUGGACCAGGCGAUUGUGAAGCCCAUUUUCGGUUCGGAUGACGCCGCCGUCGCAGAUAUGGCGGAGAUCCUCGAGCAAAUGAAUGAUUGGAACAUAAAGGUUGCGAGGGAGGACGGACGACCGCAGUACAUGUGCAUCGCUUGCAUUGCCGAGUUUCACCGGCUGAUUAAAUUCAAGCGCAGCUGUGUGGAAACACAGGAGCAGUUCAGCGAGCUCGAGUACCACCGCGAACAUAAUGGCAUCAUUAUUAAACGGGAAAUUGAGCCGGAGGAAGAGAAGUUCUGCGGAUUUAUAUAUCUGGAUACCGACGAGGAGGAUAACAGCGACGAGGACGGCAGUAGACGCGUGUGUGCCGCCUUCGACAUACCGCAUGUGCCCAUUAAGGAGGAACACAUGGCCCGAGUGCCAGUACAAAAUAAUGACAAGUUUGAUCCACCCGAACCCAAAGAUUUUGCGUCGCCUGUCGACUCCGGAUUCGCCAUGAUAAACAACGAUGCGUUAACGUCCGGCAUGUUAGGACCGUCUAUUGCGGAUCGCUCCGGGACGGCCGACGAUGGCUCCGAAGAAGAAGAGGAGGAGGAGGAGGAGAUAGUCAGAUUUACAUACGAUGACGACAAUGAUGCGAUAGCCCCGCUUCCGCCGCCGAUUUACUCGCCGGUUGUGUGUUGUAAGCUUUGCUUUUACGAAUCACCCGACCAGGAUGCGCAUAUGGAGCACAUGCGCCGCACCCAUCUCCUCAAGGACUGGGAAUGCCACAUUUGCGGCAAAAAGUUCACAAAUGCUCAAGAAUCGCGCAUCAAGUUUCACAUCAAGUAUCACAAGUUACAGCGGCACAUUAAGUGUCCCGUUUGCGGGUUUAUCUGCAACUCCAAGGAGACUCUCAAGGAGCACAAGCAGGCAGUGCACGUACGCACAAAGUGCACAUACUGUGGCAAAACUGUAAAAAACGCCACUCUGCAAGCACAUUUGAAAAAGCACUUAGAAGAGGGUGAAGCCGAACUUGCCCAGCAACUGAAAAAAUUGGAGCAGCUUCCAGUUAACCUUCAAUCUCAACAGUUAUCUUCACUGGAAAGCAGUGUCGCCAAAGUCACCACUGCUUUUGAGGGCUCAAAUAUUCCUGGGGAAUCCACUGUUCCUGAAGAUUCUAAUGUAACCGAAGACUCCAGUGUUCCUUCAAUAGAGACUUCCAUUCAUGCGGACAUACAAUGUCCAAUGGACCCACCUGCAGACGGAGAAGUUCCUGUUACAGCUGCUUCACCGUCAUGCGAGCCAACUGAAAGUGUCAUUGAGUGCUCAUAUUGCAGCGACACAUUUGAGAAGGCCCAGCAGCUGCAGGCUCAUGUGCUGGCCACUCACACACAGACAAGAAAGAGGCGUCGCUCUUCAGACAACAAGUCAUUAGUGAGAAAGACUACGCAGGAAAUGCCUACCUCACCCCUUGCAAAGAUAACCAAGAAGCCAACCAUCGAGUCCGAAGAAAGCGUCGUCCGAGAAGACAGCUCUGCCCAAUUAGAUAGCACUGCCCAGCAGGAGAGCAGGACUGCAGCGACCUCUAAUGACAGCCCUCCUGUCGAACAGGUGCCAGAAAAAGCGUACAUCUCGUGCUACAUUUGCGGCAGAUCCUUUGACUUGAAAAUUAAGCUUAACAGACAUCUUAAGCAGCAUAAGGAUUAGUAUUGUUUCUAGCGUAUAGCCAUUAUUCCAUAUGAAUUUCAUUUUACUACAAAUGUAAGAGUAUUGUGCACCCUAUUAUUUUCCACUGGCCUGCCAAAUGCAAACGUUGAAAUUUGUUAAUUUAAUUUUCUUUAUAUAUAUUUGGUUGGCGAAAUACUUACUUUCGUAUUUAAAUGUUUAAUAAAAUAGAAACCGUUUUGCUGAUAUUUCAUCCAUCCAGCGUUGGAAAAAUGCAAA